UCAGAGAGUCUGCUUUGCCCUCGCAGGCAAUGGGGCGCGCUCUGCCUGGAGACGUGCGCUCCACAGUAAUGGCGGGGCUCAAAGCGAGCACGGGCUACAACAUAAAGCUGUAUGCCACUGGUGUUGAUGGCCAGAACACACAACCCCUAUUUGCUGUAGCUACAACAGAGGACAUCCCACAGUUGGGGCCCAUAGCUGCUUCAUCUGCGAGUCCACAUAACCUCAGCUUGUCCUGGAGCACUGUGUCAGGUCAUUUUGAUGGCUUUGUUAUCCGAGUCAGUGAUUCUGAGCAGCAGUCUGAGACACUGGAGUUCAGAUUGCCUGGUGAUGUCCGUAACAUUACAGUCACUAACCUGAUGGAUGCUACAGGCUAUGAUAUUGAACUAUACGGUAUUUCUCAUGGGCGUCACACCCCCACAGUGUUAGCCCACGCUGUCACAGCUCCUUUGCCUAAAGUGGAAAACUUGACCAUUUCCAACAUAACCCCCUAUGGCUUCCGUGUGUCGUGGGGGGUGAAGCAUCAGCUACCGCAGGAUAAUCUAACCCCCUCUAGUGGUGGCUUCAGCCACUUCCACAUAGUGGUGACAGACUCUGGCUGGCUGCUGAAGGCUCAGGAGUUCACUGUGCCAGGAAACCAAAGUCACCUGGACAUCGGGGGCCUCAUUACCGGCAUAGGCUAUGAGGUCCGACUGACAGGGGUGUCAGAGUCAGGGCUUCUCUCUCGGCCUCUGACUGCAGUGGCUGUGACAGGUACAACUCAGUGCACUGUAAGCCCUCCUGUCUUACAACAAAGUCCAGUGUCUGACUUUGUUGAAGCUACCAUGGGUGUAUACGUGUAUAACUAUUAUAACCAUUUCAGCUCUGCAGUUUCACUAUCACAACCUGGUGCAGUUCUGUGAUAUUUACUAAUCACUGAUAUUCAUUUCACGCAACAAAAGACAUUGUGUAACAAAAUUGGCCCGAGGACGGAUAUAUCUAACUCAGUGCCACGUUUUGAUGGUGAGACUUCAGUUCAGUACUCUUACCUAACCCUAACUCAGAUGAACUUUUUUUCCAGUAUGACCUCACUUUUCCUUGGUUUUAAGCAUCUCCUCGGUAUGCAGCUGUGUCACCGAGAGGAAGAGGUGUUGAGCUCCCGUCUGUUUCUUCUUACCUCCAAAAUAUGAGCAAGCACAUUUGUUUGUCUUCAUAUUUUAAAAUGUGUUUUCCUUCGCAUUUUAUUCGCUGAUAGUCAGACAGAUAUCUAUGGACAAAAUCCAAUUAUUGCACCAUGUUGCUCCCUAGUGAGGCUGGUUUGUAGAUCAGGUUCAAACUCCCUGGAUGGAUAUGAACCACUCAAUCGAAAAUGACAUUUUUAUAUGCAGGAAAACACGGAUAAAUCAGCAGAUAUUCUGAGCAUGAAAUGUCUGUUGAUUUAGCUUCUAAUCUCGUUUGUCACCUGCCAUUACUUUUAAAUGCACUGAAUGCAUCCAGGCUGGCCUUGAGGACGCAUUUCAGCAAGUGUAUGCUGAAAUCCUUCCGAAAGAAUCCUUCUGUUGACUGACAUCUACAAAAAGCAUCUUGUCUUUUCAUUCAAGCAUAUGCCUCUGUAGUCCAUGCGCUGUAUUUUUGACUGAUUAACACUAAUGGAUGCCUAAGCAUGGCAGAUUGGUGGCGGUGGACAAGAAGGCCCUCAGGCUGGAACCUAAUCCUGUCUUGCCCGAUUUCUGACCUCUUCCAAACUGAUCCCUGUGGGUGUUUCUCAGAACGUGAUGAAUAUUGCUGGGAAAUCACCAGACGCGCUGCAACGUUAAUGUUUCCCUGUUUAACCAGAGGCUGAGCC